UAAAGUAGGGCUGCAUUUUUAGGAAGAAGCAAUUACAUAAGCAGCAGCGCGCGCGGACCCACUUGUCGUCGCGCGCGUCCAGACUGUCCUCGUCGCCAUUAUUGCGCAGGCGGCACGAUGCGACGCCAGUACGUCGCGCAACCAGCCUCGACAGGCGGCGGAGGGGCAGGAGGGCCGGAUGCGGUGCGCACGCCGUCGCGUGCCCGGGUCUCGUCGGGCGAGAGAGCCUCGGGGGGAAGAGUGGCAUCGACGUCAGCAGCAGCAGCAGCAGCAGCAGCAGCAUCAGCUGGAGGAAGCCAGCGACGGGGCCGACGCAGCGCAUACGACUCGUUUGACUCGGUCGGCUUCCUCAAUGACAUGACGGAGCGUAUGAGGCGGGAGCUGCAGAGACCCUUUGGCCACGGCGCAUCGACCAGCUCCAACGGAUAUCACUCCCCAGACGACGGCGGCGGCGACGAAGGGUGGAGAGGGAGCAAGGCUGCCGCUCGGCGCAGCGAUGAGGGGCGCGUGGACGCAGCGACGCAGACAGAAGGCUCCUAUGACGACGACGAGGAGGCACCCAUGAUUCUGGGUAUCGACCGGACGCAGACGGAGCAGCUGAAGCGCAACGCCCAGUCCUUUCUCAGGAUGGCCGCCCAGGCCGGCGCGCCCCUCGACGCUCACCAGGGCGCAUUCGACCUGUUUGGCCCCGAGGAUGAGGACGACGAGGAUGAGCAGGAGGCACAGGGCGAAGAAGAAGAGGAAGACGAGGAGGAAGAAGAGGAAGCAGGUGAUGCUGUCCACGACCGGAUAGCAAGCAUGCUCGCUGCACCGGCGGACGGGAAGCCGGCGCCGGCUGCGGCAAAGAUGCUGAUCCAGGUAAGGGGCAUUCUUAACAGCCGCCGUGGUGUUGUGCUUACUGUGUUACACCCUUCUUUUCAGGAACUUGGCGGUGCCGAGAAAGAACACGGCGCUGCAGAUUCGUCAGAAGAGGAAGACGAAGACGAAGACGACGAGGAAGACGAUGACGACGACGACGAGGAGGAGGACGAGGAGGACGAGGAGGACGAGCUGGCAGAGAAAGAAGAGAAAGAAGAAGAAGAGGAAAAGGAAGAAGAGGGCGAGGAGUGGCGCGCUGAGUUCGGCACCGAGCCCGUGCGUGUCGGCCAGGACGACGCGAUCAGCCUGUCGGACAGCAGCGAGGACCAAGACGACGGCGAGGCUGGCCAGUGGGCCGAGCACGAUGAGCAGCGAGACGAGGUGGACGAAGACGACGACGACGAAGAAGAAGAAGACGAAGAGGACGAAGGGGAAGACGAAGGGGAGCAGCACAGGGCCGACGACGACGCGCUGCAGCCGCCGCCCUCGUACAGCGGCGCCGUCUGGCCAGACGCACCGUCGUCUGCCGCGCCCAUCCGCGAGUGGGUGCCGUCGUCGAGCGACGACGCGGCCGCCUCGCCGUCGAACCUGUUUGACCAGCUCUCGGCCGCCGUCUCGUCGGGCGCCGACUUCAGCUGGGCGCUGCCUGCGUCGACGAUGGCAGACGCAGCGGUGGCCGACUCGGCGCGCGAGGGCGAAGGCAAUGCUGCUGCGCACUUUGAUGCCGGCUCCUUCUUCAGCGAGAUGGCCGGACCGCUUGCCAUCGCCGUGGCCGCGCAGCAGCAGCAGCAGGCGUCCGACGCACCAGCGCAGGGCGAGGCGCAGCCAGGGGCAGACUCGGCUGCGUCAGACUUGCACCGGCUUCGCGGGCUCGUCGCCGAGGCACAGCAGCAGGCAGAAGCCGCUGCCACUGCCGCUGCUGCCUCGCUGGCCGACACGAACGCCGCGACGCUGGCCCCCGCGACGGAGCCGGCGCUGGAAAGUGCGCAUACAUCGUCGCACCUGGCCCCUCAAACACAUCCACUCCCUCACACACUCCAGCGCCUGCACAGCGAGGGAAGCAUCGCCGGCGCAGUGCCAGCCAGCAACGUCGCCACGCCCGGCGGGGGCAGCAGCGUCGGUGGCGACGACGAGCACGUGCAGCCGUCAUCGCCAGCCGCCAAGCUCUUUGACGCGAGCGGUGAUGGUGCUGCGCAGCCGGCCGCGGUGCCCCUCGUCGAGAAUGCACGGGACCUGCUCGAGCUCAAGGUAGAGGCACGCGCAGGCGCCCACGGCGAGCAGCUCCGGCUCCAGUCGCCCACGGGCUCCGUCCAGGCCGAGGCUGGCUCUGCCUAUGGCGCCAACACGCCGAGGAGGGGAGGCGCAGGCGCAGGCGCAGGCGAAGACGGCGCGGUGGCACGGACGGCGUCGAAGCUGCGAUCGGCGCUUGAGGCCGAGCAGCAGGCCGAUGUGGACGACGUCGAGCCAGCACCAGCGGGCGAGGAGCAGAACGGCGCUCUCGACGGCAUGAGCGAGCCGGGUGACUCAGCCGGCGGUGGCGACGGCGAUGGUGACAACUCAGAAGGGGAGGGCGUCAUGGAGGAAGAAGAAGAAGAAGAAGAAGAAGAAGAAGAAGAAGAAGAAGAAGAAGAAGAAGAAGAAGAAGAAGAAGAAGACGACGACGACGACGGCAUCGCGCUCAUCGAGUCCCGUGCCGCGAGACAGGCGGCCCAGAGUGCGAGCACAGACGCGCAGGAGGCAGCGCCCGUUGGCCUGGCCGAGGGUGAAGAACGGCGGGCAGCAUCUGCGACGCCCGUCCUCGACGAGGCAGCUGCGGACGACGAUGGAGACGAAGACGCAGAGAAGGCCGAUGUCGUCGAGGACGCUCUCGUCGCCGACGCGGCCACGGAGAGAGAAGAAGAGGAGGCGCCCAUGAUUGUCACGCGGGCGAUGAGUCGCGCACUCGACGAAGAAGCUGCCGCUGCCGCCGAAGAGCAGGUGUCAGCAGAGCUCGACCCGCCGUCGUUUGCGUUCUCCGAGGGACCAGGCGGUCAAGAGCACAGGCGAAAGAGGAGCAGGAGCAAGAGCCGACGGUCCGACCCCAACGGCGACAUGGCCGACUACGUGCCUGUACCCUCGUCGUCGUCGUCUGACUCUAGCGGCGAGGCUGGCCGCAGCGGACGGCGUGUCCGGGCACGCACGCAGGAGGCAGAGGAAGAGCAGGAGAAGGGGAAGGAAGACGAGGCCGACCUCUCCGUCGCCGUCCUCGAGGAGCUCGUCAGCGACGGGCAGCAGCCAGGCGAUGGCCGAAGCGAAGUUGCGCUUGAAGAGGAGGCAGGAGCAGGGGAAGAAGAAGAAGAAGAAGAAGAAGAAGAAGUAGUAGUAGAGAAGGAAGAAGAGAAGGCAGCAGCACCAGUAGCAGAAGAGGAGGAGGGGGAAGAGGAGGGAGAAGAGGAAGAGAAGGAAGCACAGUCGCAAGCCACAACGCGCAGGAAGGCCAAGGCCGCGACAAGGGCCUCGACGAAGCGCACAAGCAAGCGUGCCUCUCCUGCCAGGGCGACGACAAGGGCCAAAGGCAGGAGCGCUGCGGGCACCACCCCUGCUGCGAGCACUGCGCCUGCUGCAAGAAGAGCAAAGAGCGAGCGAAGGACGAGGAGCACGACGCCGGCCAACAGGGGCGAGCUGGACGAAGAGGAGGGUGGCGAUGCGCCGGGCGACAAGAAGCGAAAGCGGACGGCCGCACCGACGCGCCAGAGCCCCAGACGGGCGCCGACGGGCAGGGGGCGUGGGGCGGGUGCCGAGGAAGCCGCAGAAGAGAAGGGGCCAGAAAAGGAAGAAAAGGAGCAGGAGCAGGAGCAGGAGCAGGAGCAGGAGCAGGAGCAGGAGAGGCCAAAGACCAGACGACGGUCUGCGCGCACCUCUUCGCGGGCGCCAGUGUAACAGUAGCAGCAGCAAUGACAUUUUAGAUGGGCACAAGAUCCAGUGCGUGCAUGUAGAGACAGACGGCAGCU